AUGCCUGGGUAUGAAAACAUCAUUCAUAAUGUGACGUUUGGGAAGGCAGAGAUGCGAGAUGAGGAGGAUGAAGAAAGGAGUUUGAUUGGUCAUGGCAGGACUAGUGCGUGGGCUGAUCAUCAGAUGGUGGAGGAUCGGUCGGACCGGUUCGGCAGAGUCGUAACUGGGUGGAAUGGUCCAAACUCAUUCCUGAACCGCGCUGUCUCUAGCCAAGAAAGUGGGCAGGACGGCGCGAGAGGGGCUGGGAGGCGCCUACCUUCCCUAGGGGGCGGCUCGAAUGGAAGAUGA